AUGAUCUGGAAACAGAUUUGUCAUAAAUAAUUUGUUUAGGAGAUAAGUUAUAUUGAGAUAUUCAUUUCGGCAGAAAAAAUCUUAUGGGAUUUUACAUCAUUAGAAGUGACAUUUACAAUUCGUUAAGAAUACCCAAACAUUAAAAUAAAUUUAAUUGAUCCUAACAAUGAAAGUCUAUUCUUGGUUUAAAAUGGACACGAAUUCACAAAUCUUAUUUUGAAUCUACAAGUGGAAAAAGGAAUCAACAUCUAUGAAAAUGUCAAAAUCGAGAAUUACGAGAAAGAUUCCAUCAUCUUCAAAGGUAAUAAAAUCUGAUGUGGUGAUAUAAUUCUCAAGCACUGAGUUACCAAAAACAGAAUUUGCAGAAGUUAGUGAUCAUUAAUUUGAAUUUGAUACUGCAGGAAGAGUAAAGGUAGACUAGUAUUAAAGAACCGAAAUUAAGAGUAUCUUUGCAGCUUGUAAUUAUGUAUUUUACACUAAUGGUAUAGGUCAUAUCGGUAAUCAAUUUUAAGCAUGCUAUAAUUAAGGAAUAACUGAAGAUUUGAAGAAAUGGAACUUUAUUAUUUAUGAUGAAAUUUUGCCAUAGUUAAUGAAGGAAUUAGAUGAAAAAAUGUCAGAUCUCAAAAAUGGUAAAUAUUCAACACGAGCUAUCGAAGCUGCUGUAAGAGUAGAUAUCUCAAUAAUUAUAGAAGAACAAAAAUCUGGUAUUAAAAAGAAUAUCUUAUUUAAAUUUAGAUCUGA